AUGAACGGCGCGGGGAGUUCUGGCAACCACAUCGCGACCACCGACUCGCCAACCAUUACGAAGUGGUCUCUCAUCAUCCUCGUCGUGCUUGGGUCGUUGGCCCUCUCCAUUUUCGUGGCGUGCGUGUGGUUUAACUUUCACUGGACGCGCAGGAUUAUGGGGGGGCUGUCCAUCGGCCUGCCGUUCUCGCAGAGCCGCAGCGUCGUCGCGGGCAACGGCGUGCCGCGGCAGGUCCAGGCGCAGGGUGGGGAGAACGAGCAGGAGACGCUGCGGGGCCACGCCUUAGAGAACCGCGUCCGCGUCCGUCGCCACCAGGGGCCCCAGUCGUACCAUCUGCCGGACGGGCACACCACCGUGUACGUUGACGACUUCAGCAGGCUGCCUGAGGCGAAGCCGCCGCCGCCGACGGAGGAGGAGAUGCAGCAGCGGCGAGAGGAGGCAGAGCGCGUUCCGUCGCCGGUUUUUUACGGCCGUGGCUCGUACCUUCGCCGCUCCAUGUCGUCGCUAUUUGGGAGUUUCCGCCUUCAGACAACCCCCCGCACACCGGCCGCCGCAUCCGUCGGCUCCAGGGUGUUUUCGUCGCCGAGUAGGCGGGACGACAGACGAGGCCACGGCGACAGCACGAGUAGGAGGCCAAAUGAGCCCACCAACACCUCGCUGAGUGGUGUUGACCCCUCGAAGUUGGAUAAGCCUCUCUAA